AUGGCUUCAUCGAAUACGUUGCCCGUUCGAACAGUCUCAGCGACGGUGCAUCCAACCAAUCCGAUCACGACGACCAUUUCCACGGUGCCACUGCCAGAAUCUCUGGCGCCUAGUGAUGUCCUUGUCAAAGUCGAGGCCGCUGCGUCUAAUCCCAAAGACUGGCUUCACCUCGUUGCCACAGGUGCCUCUCUCAACUCUGGCGAUGACCUGGCUGGCGUUGUUGUCGCGGUCGGGCCCGAGGUGACAAGAUUCAAGCCUGGCGAUCGAGUGGCGGCGUUUCACCCGAUGGGCAAGCAGUAUGGUGCGUACGCCGAAUAUGCCAUUGCGCCCGAGCAUACCACACUCCAGAUACCGGACGCAUUGAACUUCGAAGAAGCCAGUACAAUUCCCCUUGUCAGCCUAACGGCCGCCUUGACUCUAUUCAGAAGACAGGGCUACGUCGCGCCGUGGCAAGCAGGCGCGCAGGAGGAGAAUCAGAAGAAGCCCUUGCUUGUGUAUGGGGCCACCACUUCGCUGGGCACAUAUGCCAUCAAACUGGCCAAGUUGGCAGGAAUCGGCCCGAUCAUUGCAAUCGGAGGUGGAAGCAGUAAUUACGUCAAGGGUUUCCUCGAAGCUCGGCAGGACGCUUUCCUGGAUUAUCGGACCGGGAUGGCAUCGCUGAAAGAGACUGUCAAGCGCCUCACGGAGGAGCGUCAUUUGCAGCUCAGAAAUGGCCUUGAUGCGGUCAAUGAACACGAAAGCUGGGUCCAGGUCAGCCAGAUGCUUCAUGGCGGGGCCAGGCUUAGCGUGUUCUCCGGGGCAAGGAAAUACGACGAGGAAGCCAUUCCCAAGAACGUCGACAUCAUCUAUACCUUCGUGGGAACCGCACACGAGGCCAAGUAUCGGCCCAGCAUGCCCAAACGGCCGUCAGUGGAAGAUGCGCAAGGCGAUGUAGCGUUCGCCAGCGAGUUUUUCGCUUGGCUAGAACAGAUGUUGAGACAGGCCAAGUACUCCGGUCACCCGGUCGAGGUGAUCCCUGGAGGCCUCAAUGGCGUGGCCGAGGGCCUCAAUCGACUCAGGAAUGGCCAGGCGGCGGGCAAGAAGUUUGUGUAUCAGAUCGGGUCCAUGGCUCGGAAAUAG